UAUGUGUCGUAGCAAGAUAAUCUAUAAAAUUUUUGGAUUGGAUAGCACUCUUUAUCGUCCCAACGAACCAUCUAAAUUUCCUACAGCUGACUUUAAAUAUUUUCGAAUGCAUAAAACUCAAGUUGCAAAGGAAAAUCCAAGGAUACUUUUCUCAGAUAACGUAAAGAACUGGCUCGUUCCAUCGAUAUGCGGAGGUUUAUCUUGGGGAAUGCUUCAUGCUUCACUUGCUCCUCUUGACUUUUUAAAAUGUAGAAAACAAGUGAUUAACAGUUCUCACAUAUAUGAAGGUACCAUGAAAUUGGAUAGCUUAAGAAGCACCUUUAGGGGAUUGAAUCCUACACUAUUAGGAUAUUCGAUUCAGGGAAUAGGAAAGAUAGUAUUAUUCGAUUUUUUCAAAUCAUACUACUCACAACCGACCAGUCUCGGAACUGGCAAUGGAUUUAUUGUAUGUAUUGCUUCUAGUUUAACUGCAGAAUUUUACACAUGCAUUAGCCUUUGUCCUUUUGAGAGUGUAAAAAUGAAAUUCUACUUUCAACCCGAUUGGGCUAAAUUAUCAGUUUAUAAAGCGAUGACUAGAAUAGUAAAAGAAGAAGGACUUGUUGGUUUAUAUAGAGGUUUAUGGAGAGGAAUUUUACCUCGAGUAUUAAUGGUUAGCGUCAUUGUAGCAGUUCAAAUGGUCAUUAAUGAAUCAAUAAAAACAUAUUUAAAAUCUCACAAAACUGAACAAUAUUAA